CCGCGAUCUUCUCCUGGUGUCCUAGCCCGCUGCAGUAUCGUCACCAUGUCUCUGGCGGCCUCGGCGGGCCGGGGCCCGGGGGCCGUGUGGUCCCCCACCCAUGUGCAGGUGACGGUGCUGCAGGCGCGGGGUUUGCGGGCCAAGGGCCCUGGGGGUACGAGCGACGCGUACGCGGUGAUCCAGGUGGGCAAAGAGAAGUACGCCACCUCGGUGUCGGAGCGCAGCCUCGGCGCGCCAGUGUGGAGGGAGGAAGCCACCUUCGAGCUGCCGCCGCUGCUGUCCUCCGGAGCUGUGCCAGCGGCCGCCGCCACCCUGCAGCUCACCGUGCUGCACCGCGCGCUGCUCGGACUCGACAAGUUCCUGGGCCGCGCCGAGGUGGACCUGCGGGAGCUGCACCGCGACCAGGGCCGCAGGAAGACGCAGUGGUAUACCUUGAAAUCCAAACCAGGAAAGAAGGAUAAGGAGCGAGGAGAAAUCGAGGUCGACAUCCAGUUUAUGAGGAACAACAUGACUGCUAGCAUGUUUGACCUCUCUGUGAAAGACAAAUCUCGGAAUCCAUUUGGAAAACUGAAGGACAAGAUCAAAGGGAAGAAUAAGGAUAGUGUAUCAGAUACCACUUCAGCCAUAGUCCCCAGCAUGUCACCCUCAGUCGACAGUGAUGAUGAGUCUUUUUCCAAAGACAAGAAGAAGAAAUCAAAGAUCAAAACCUUGUUUUCCAAGUCGAAUUUGCAGAAAACACCACUUUCCCAAUCUAUGUCUGUCCUGCCUACUUCAAAGCCAGACAAAGUGCUGCUUCGUCCUGGAGAUUUCCAGUCCCAGUGGGAGGAUGACGACAAUGAGGAUGAAUCCUCCUCCUCUGCCUCAGACAUCAUGUCCCACAAAAAGACAGCAAGUGCAGACUCCAAGCAACUGAGCCAGAUCAACUUCAGCCUUCCCAAGAAGGAAGGACUGUCCUUUCUUGGGGGCCUUCGGUCCAAGAAUGACACACUUUCCCGCUCUAAUGUCUGUAUCAAUGGGAACCAUGUUUACCUGGAGCAGCCAGAAGCCAAGAAUGAGACCAAGGAGAGCAGCCCUUCUUCUUCCCCAUCCCCUCAGGGCUUCAGGAAGAAGCAUUUGUUCUCAUCUACUGAAAACCUGGCUGCUCGAUCUUGGAAGGAGCCUGGGGAAGGAGACAGCAUGUCUUAUGAUAAGUGGCUAUCUGAUGUCCCCACCAAGGAGUCCAUGAAGUCCAUGUCUCUGCCAUCCUACCGACCACAGUCUAGUGGUGACAAUAGGGAAAACAUGGCUUCAGCGAAUUUAGAGGCUACAAAAGAAACCAAAGACAGCAAGAAGCAGGAGAGCAAGAAGUCCUCUUUGUUUUCUCUGGUGACAGGAAAGAAGGAUGUGGCCAAGGGCAGUGAAGGCGAAAGCCCUCCUUCCAUCCCAUGGAAGGAGAAGGAAGGCAAACUCAAGGAAGCCCAGCUGAGAGAGGAAGACCUCAUGAGAAGGUCCGAGAAAGAUGCUGCAGCUGACGCCUCUGGACGGGGUAACUCCCUGAACCCCUUUGAAGAUGUGCAGAUCUCAGAACCAGAAGCCAGACCUGAGUCCAAGUCUGAACCAAAGCUACCUAUUCCCUCUGCAAGGGCUCCCCAGACCAAAGCCGUCAAGCCUCGACUGGAAGUGUCUCCAGAGGCUCAGCCCAAAGCCAGGCUUCCUUCUUCCCCUUACUCUCCUCUCUCUUUUUCUGCUCUUCCUUCCAGUUCUGAUCCGGCCCCUGUCUCUUCUGAAUUGGGGCAUAGUUCAGAGACACACUCCUCUGAAAGUCCCUCUGUUUUCUAUUCCUCCUCAUCUCCCAUAGUAGCUCCAAUUUCCACAUCCACCCCGAUCGAACAUGGGCUCCCCACAGGCCAGGGCCAGGCCAGUUCUGAAGAACCAUCUUUGCUUCUUAAAGCAGAAUUGCAAAAGGAAAGUUUAAUAGCAGUUCCAAAUACAAUGUCUUCUGCCUUGGGAUCACUUUUUAAACAACCACCUGUCUCAGCAUGGAAAGCAAUGGAAGAUUCUCCAAGGGGGCAGAUCAGUGAGACAGGCAAGGAGAAGAAUGCCAGCAGCAAUGAACCCAGAAAGCCUCUCCUGGAGCAUCCUGAAGCGGGGCAACCAAAAGAAGAACUUCUGAAAGUUUCCUCCCCAACACGAGACCACAUCCCCUCAUCUCAAGAGGCCCCUGAAGUCCCAUUUGUGCUUUCCCUCAACGGUGAUAGAGAUGUAAGCCCCGCUGGGAAGCCUCCCUUGGAGGGAGACAACAAAGUUAAGGAUGGUGGGAUGACUUCUGCAACUGAGGAAGCAGUGCCCCCAUUUGACGCCAUGUUGCAGAAACAGGAAGAGAUGGGUCUGAAUGUAAGUGAGGGUGAAAAGAGAGUCAAGAAGCGCGUAUCAUUUUCGGAGCAGCUCUUCACAGAAGAGGAGGUAGGGAAACACACUUGGUUGGGGGAAGAAGAAAAAAAUCAUCCCCAAGAGGUGACUUCUGAAGGGACUGCUGAGGGAAAGGUGCCUGAUGUGGAACCUCCUGGGUGUCCCCACACAGAAGACUCAGAGAGGGAAUCUGUGGCUGUGGCCCAGGCUUGCAGUGCACCAACCCCCACAGAAGAUUGCCUUCUCGCUCCUUCUAGUGAUGAGGGUUCCUCAGAAGACCCCACAAGUGAAGCCAGCUCUGCGAAAGGCACCUCACUCUUCAGGAUUGAGGGGGAUGAUGCCCUUAUGGCUCAAUAUCAGAGCAAAGCCAGUGAUCAUGAAGGUUUGUUGUCAGACCCCCUGAGCAGCCUUAGAUCUGCCUCAGAUAUGAAGUCCCCCAUCAUGGCUGAUCUGAACUUGACCCUCCCUUCCAUUCCUGAAGUGGCCUCAGAUGAUGAAAGAGUAGAUCAGGUUGAAGAUGACAGGAAGACAGCAAAGCUGGCUGAAGCAGGAGCUUCAUCCUCAGUCACAUUACCUCCCUGUCCUGAGAUGGGAAAGGGGCUGAGUGGUGGGGCAGAUGGGUCGGCACCCAUGGAGAGUCUGCACGACUGCAGGUCAAAGGCCCCCACAGCAGCUCCUUCAGAGCAGAUGGCAGCUUUAGGAAUUUUAGAACCACAUCUUGGCACGAGCUCAAGUGUGGAUAAACAGCUGCCAGACCCUGGCAGUGGUGAGGAAGAAAGACUAAAGGGAGACGAGAGGCCAAGUCAGCCUCCUGUCAAGGCCCUGGACUCUCCUGUGCCCAGCUCCUCCCUUUCUGAGACCUUUCCUGCCAUACACUCUCUCCCUAGCUCUCCACAUCCCAACACUCACCACACCAGUACAGCAGAAUCUCAAAAAAAAGCAACAGCAGAGGGCUCCGCUGGUAAAGUUGACAAUUUUGGCAAGAGGAAGCCGCUUCUUCAGGCCUGGGUCUCACCCUCAGAGACACAUCCAGUCUCAGCUCAGCCAAGCGCUGGAACUGGGGCAACCAAGCACAGACUUCACCCUGUGAAGCCAAUGAACACAACAGCCACCAAGAUUGCUAACUCCAGUUUGGGAACUGCUACCAUCAUCAGUGAGAAUUUGAUCAAUGAAGCCAUGAUGAAGAAAUACAAUCCUUCAGACCCUGCCUUUGCCUAUGCACAGCUGACUCAUGACGAAUUGAUCCAGUUGGUCCUCAAACAGAAGGAAACCAUAAGCAAAAAGGAGUUUCAGGUUCGAGAGCUGGAAGACUACAUUGACAAUCUGCUUGUCAGAGUCAUGGAAGAAACCCCCAACAUCCUCCGCAUUCCUGCUCAGGUUGGCAAAAAAGCAGGAAAGAUGUGAACUGCCAGGAUAAAACACUGAGAUGCUUUUGUGUUUGUUUCUACCUGCUCUUGAAGUCAAGAACAUAGUAUGUCUGAUAAUCAGCCAGUAGGCUCCAAAUCACCAUCUCUCCUGUGUGUUAUCUGUCAACAGUUAAUUCUACCAGUCGAAACCAGGUUAAUUAUUACAGUGAAUCUUUUACUGUACAUUCCCAGGGUUUUAUUUUCAAAUGCCACUGUGCCUUGAAUUAUGUUGUAAAUAUUUUAUGCCCACCAGAGACGUAGUCUUAAGAACUAAUUCCGAAUCAAAGAUUCAGAUGGCACUGGACAUACUAAUGUCUUUUAAUAGUGGGGUUGUCUUUCUUUGAUAUUGAGCUUUUUCAAAUAUAUAUCUCCAGCCAUUACAAUUUGGGGUGAAAUGAGAAAAGGACCACAAUUGGUGCUGUUACCUGUUUUUUUCUUGGCCUUUAAGCAGCUCAGGUGUGGCUUUUUGGAUGCAGAUGCUGAAUUUUGAUACCAUGUAAAUUUACCAGGCUUCUUAGACUUGCUUCCUGUUUCUCUUUUUCUUUUAACUUGGAGCAGUCAUUUAGGGAAAGCCUCUUGAGUGUGCCUCUUAGAUUCUGAACAAACCACCUCUUCUCAGCAUCAGCUUCCACCACUCUGACCUUAAAAUAUCCAUAGGUCCUUUCUCUUGGAGAUGUAAAAAGUAGAAUAUGGGAUUUAGAGGAUCACUUUUCACUCAACUAGGAGAAGUUGAUCAAAGUCAAGGUUCCUGCUGGCUGGACUGGCUUUGUCAGUGCCUUAAUAAGGGACUGGGUGAUCCAAACUCUUACUAAAACAGUUCUUUCAGGUACAGAAUGGUUUUAGUAAGAUUCCUUUGGCCAUUUCCAUCUGUGCCUUUGCUUGGCUUGCUGGUUUCCUUGGCAGCUUCCCUGGAGCGAGCCAGGGCCCACUGACUCCUCAAGAUGAAGAAGGCUGGGGUGUAGCUCAGUGGUAGAGCUCUUGCCUAGCAUGUGCAAGGUCCCGGGUUCCAUCCCCAACACCACAAAAAAGAGGAAGCGGGAACCUUUGUCAUGUAUGUCAUGAGAAACCACAAAGGAAUAAGGAUGUAUCCAUAUGAUCUGUCCUCUAAAUACUGUCUGUCUCUGCUUGAAAGGAAACCUAAGUUACUCCCAGGAUACUAUGAGAGUUGUAGUGCAGGGCUUAAUUUAGUUGAUAAAAUUUAAAAGCUAGUAGAGAACAGAAAUGCUGCAGCCUUUAAACUGUUGCUUAUUUUUUGUUUUCCUUCAUGAACAGACUCACAGACAUUUUACCCCCUUGUUAGAAAAUUGUGAAGAGUGGGCUGGGGAUGAAACAUAUGCAGAGCAUUUGCCUACAUUUGGGAGGCCCCAGGUUCCAUUCCCAGCACCAGGAAAAAAAAAAUUGUGGGGAACAAGAUGAUACUUAUUUUGGGCUGUCUGUAUUUUUAAAACUAGAUUAAUACGGACAUUUUUUAAAGCUAGGUACCUGCCUUCUUUGUAACUUGUACCACCACUUCAAGUUUUUCAGGUAAUUUUACUGUUGUUCACAUCAUAUUGAAAUUAGAAUGUUUUGAAUUGCUCAUUUUUCCCCUCCUGAUUGUGAUGGAAUUUCAUCAAAUCCUGACAUCUCUCCUGGGGAAGAAUCAUCAGAGGUCAAUGGCACUGGCAUGGGUUGAGAUGGUGGCAGUUAUUAAAUGGAGACUCUCUUCUGUGUAUGUCCUUCUUACGGUGAGGGCAAGGAACAAGAGUCCCUUUUCAGGAUUGUUCUUCCUGCAGCCUUGGUUCUAUUAGAGCACUUUAAUCUGAAGGGUGAUAUUGUAACUUGAUUUAUCUAAUUAGCUUUUAGGAAUCCACAGCUAUUUUAUUUUAUUUAAUUCUUUCCUGUAGUACUGGGACCACUGUAAACUUCAAAUGCCUCGUAUUUUUGUAGUGCUGUGAAAUGUGUUGCUAUGCUUCUAAAGAAACUGUAUAUCCACUUGAACUCUGGAAAUGUACAUGUAUAUAUUUGUUCUGCAUCAUAUUUUUUACUUGAUAUAAAUGUAUUUUACUGUGAUAACCCAAGUGCGCUGGGAGGCAGGUAUAUACUGGAUGGUUUCUCUCCUUUGAAAGAGCUAGUGUGAGGAUCUACAUGCUACAUGAGGGCUUUGGAGAUAUCUGCUGCUAGGACCUUGGGUAUGUAACUCAGUCAACAUUGGAGAGGGACAUCUGGGUGGAGGAGUGAAUUCCUGUUCUCUGAAAUGCCACUUGGGAACUCUGGAGAAUGAAGGACAAUUUACUUCAAGGGUAUCUGGCUUCUGCCACUGCUGGAAAAAAAAAUUCACUUUCUAGCAUUCCUUGUACCUCACAAAAUAGAUAACCUGGAGGUCAUUUAGUUACUAACUGUCCUUGGCUCAGUUUGGGGCUGGGAGAAGGGACUUAUCUAAGAACAGCUGUAGCAUGCUCUGAGCCAUUAACAGAAGUUAGGGAACAGCCUCUGCACAGGAGCAGCUCUAACUGGCAUAGGCCUAAGGGCAUCUAUCCAUCUGCACCAGGAGAGCUGGCACUUGCCUGAGCCUGCUGCAGAUGCUAAUACCUAGCAGGCCUUGGGAGGAAGCUGUGUUCCACAGAAGUGAGAGCAGUUCUUUUUUUUUUUUUUUUUUGGGGGGGGGGGGGGGGCUUGUCUGGUUUCCUCCAGAAACAUCAGCUAGGAUUGCAGGAAAGCAUCAGAUUAAGUAAGUACCAGUGAACUUCAUUUGGAGGUCAUUUUUGUGGAAAAAAUGUCAAUCUUUGGCUUGAUUGUUUCAUAUCAUCUCAUUCCUUGGGCUUUGCCAGAUGUCCUGCCUUUUUAUUCAGCCUGCUGACUUCAUUGAGGCAACAGAAGGUGGGAGCAAGCAGCUGCCCAUUGCCAUGUUCUGUAUGGACCCAGAAUGGAGGGCCUGCAUGGAUGAGAUGCAGUCCUAUGCUGCAUGGAUGAGAUGCAGCCCUGUAGAAAGCUUUCUACAGGGCCCAGAGGGAGGAAGGUCCUGACACUGUGCCACAUACUGUAUUGAAGGCCGGAGGCCUGUUUGUGUUAAGUUAUGCAAGAUCUUUCUCCCUGGGUUUCUUCUCCCAAUCAACCUUCUUUUUUUCUUCUCUUGGUGCUGGGGAUUAAACCAGGACUUCGCACAUGCUAGUAAGUACGCGUUCUACCACUGAACUAAGGCCCGUCUUUUUCCUUUUUUUUUUUUUUUUUUUUUUAGAUCUACUAAUUAAUUGCUUUAGAUGGGAGAACCUUCCCUUCUAAUAUCCAUACCAGUCUCAACUCUGUAUUUUUCUUCUUCUACUAUGUGAGUUACUAGUUGACUUUCCCUUCCCUCCAAUUGAAGGAUCCCCCAGAGUUUUUGGAUUACAGAAUAAACUAUUUCUUGUUUUGUUACUUUGGGAUUUUAAAAUUUCUUUGUCUUAUUUUUUAAAAGUAACCUAAAAUUUCCUAUAACACUAAAUAAAAUGGUACUGUCUUUCAAA